GAUAGCGUAUCAACGCUACAGUCAGUGUACGAAGAGCUGGAGAGUGGUAAUGUUUGAGUGUUUGACGUAUGACUUCGCGGCUGGAUUUACUUCACAAUGAAUGUCGAGAGAAGUGGUUCACAGAAACACUAGCCUUGUGUUUAUACGGAUCUUUCCGAAUGAAUAGUGUUGUGUAAAUCGAGCGUUUCCUCAUCGGCAAUGCGAUUCAAGUGUGCUUUGCCACAAUGCAUACCAGUUACAUGUAGUGGUGUACGGGUUGCUCGUUUUUAUUUUUGCUUAGGUCAGUUGAAGUAAUGAGAAUUUCGGAAGAAAAGGCAUAAUGUCUAACACCAUGGUGAAAACUCCGCGUAUAUUGUAUGUGUAUCUGGCGUUCUAUCUUCUGCACAUCUGCAGCGGUUUUCCAGUGGAUGUACGCACACAAGAUGGCGGCGCGAGCGCCGGGCUGUGGGCGGCGCCACUGGUGUCGGUGGCGGUGCUGCUGGCCGCCGUGCUGCUGCUGCUGGGCUGCACCUGCUGCAGGCACAACAAGGGCUUCCAGGAGAACGAGAGGAAGGUCAUUAAGGAGUUCACGGACAGCGCGUCGAGCCACAGCCUGGCGGGUCCCGGGCCAGCGAACGCGACGCCCGCGACGGCCGCCGGUCCUGGCCCCGGGGGCGGCGGGGGCGGCGUCGGCUACGUGAACAGCGCCGCCAGCUCCGCGGAGUUCACCAUGUUCCCGCCGGCAGCAGCAGCGGCCGCGCCCGGAGACCGCUCCUCCGUGGUGCACUUCGAGCCGCUCCCGGACGUGGGCAGCGCCCGUCUGCAGCCGCCGCAGGCGCCCGCGCCCAGCCGCAAGCCCGCCUCCUUCAACAACGUCGUCAGCGGCGGCCUAUCCGCCCGCGACUGGCUCGAAGAUCCCCAUGCAAAUUUUCCAAGACACCAGCUGAAGUAUCUUAGAGAAUUGGGUAGAGGGUGGUUUGGUCGGGUUGUGGAAGGUGAGGCUCAAAAUAUAAUAAAUAGUGAGAAGAAUUCAAAGGUAGUGGUGAAAAUCUUACGUGAAGAUGCUACACCAACUGAUCAAAUGUACUUCCUACACGAAGUACGGUAUCAUCGGGAUCUAAACCAUCCAAAUAUUCUUAGGUUGCUUGGGCGGUGUCUUGAGAAAGAUCCUUUUCUGCUGUUGUUGGAAGCUAGUCCAGGGGGAGAUGUGAAGACAUUUUUGAUGCAGAAUGCAUCAACAGCAGAUGUUCUUAAUCAGCAAGGUGUGACAUUGAAAAUGGCCUGCAAUAUUGCAGCUGGUUUACAUCAUAUGCAUUCAAAAGGAUUUGUACAUACGGACCUAGCAGCCAGGAAUUGUCUCAUCACAUCAGAUUUGACAGUCAAAAUUGGUGACUAUGGCACAAGCAUUGAGAAUUUCAAGGACGAUUACUAUUGUGCUGGAGACAUAGCCCUUCCUAUUCGAUGGUGUGCUCCAGAGACAUUACACUGCACAGAAACUACAAUUGAAACAAAAGAGGUUACACCAAAUGCCAAUGUAUGGAAUUUGGGUGUUGUUCUUUGGGAGAUAUGCGAGUUUGGAAAGUUGCCUUAUGCUGAACUGACCGAUGAUGAAGUAAUAGUUAAAGUUCUGGGUGAAGGAACAUACCGGCUACCUCUACCUUCAUAUAUUUCUCCUUAUAGGAAUAACUUCCUGCCUCCAGCCUUCUGGAUUCUCAGGCCUUGUAUGAAGUAUCUUCUCAUGAAGCUUUGUUGGGAACCUGUUGUGAAGAGGCCAGCUUUGGACCAAGUUGUUAGAAUGUUAAACCAUCUGCAUUUAAGCCAUGACCAAUACAUUGGAGAGGAAUCCAGUCUACAAACAGAUGAAGAUUUUGAAAGGCGCUGGGAAUCUUUCAAGCCAAACACCAUACCUAAGACUGACAAUCACACUUUGCCCAGGCAGCACCAUCAAGGUGGCCUGCCCAUUUCUUUCAUUGAACAGAAGGCUUUUGUUUUGCCACGACCAUCUGGAGAAAGCAUGGAUGUGAUGUCACUGUCAAUAAUUGCCCCAGAAGUUAGCAGUUCUUCACCAAUGACAACAUCACCACAACUGUCAUUGACAAGCAGCUCAGGAGGAGAUUUCUUUACCCCAAAUUUGCAGCAGAAACAGAAAUCUGCUAGCCUUCAAGAUCUACAUGGAUCAGUUGAGAAUUUGUGUGAAACAUCAAUAGAUGAACAUUCAGAUACUUUUGUGAGAACAGAUGUUGCUAUUGCAGAUAAUGAUAGAAAUACAAUGAAAUUUUCAGAAAGUUUGGGUGUAGUUGAAUCAAAGAACAAUGAACUUGAAAAUAUAAUAUCUGAACCUGAUUUUGAUUCAUGGCUGCAGGGAGUAGAAACAACAAAUGAAGAAGAUGCCAAGUUUGUAAUGAAAAUAUCUGAAGCUAUAAGAGAUCUAGACAAUGCUCUUGCUCAGGAAAAAACUUCAUCAUCAUCUUCAGAAGUUUCCAGUCACACUGUUUCGCACCAUGAGAGUCCUGCCAAGGAUAUAGUGGCAAGUGAACAGAAUGUUGUUUUGGAUUUCAGACUUGGAAUUCCAGCUGAAAUUGAAACUGGUAAAACAAGAGAGUCUGAAGCACAGCUUGACAGUCUUCAGGAAGAGAGUUUUCCUUACAAAACUUUCCACCAUGAAAGUAAAACUACAGAUUCGGGAACAGAUACUGAAGAUGAAACAUGGAGGAAGAGGAUAGAACGUGGAGAGUUUUCUGAAAAAGUGAAAGAGAAAUCAAAGAGUGUAGCAGAUCUUAUGAUUCUAACUCACAUUGAGUGCAGUGAUGGUAGUGAUUCUGAACCUCCUUCUUUGACAUGGAAUUUUGAGAGAAGUGUGAAUAGUAGAAAUUCUCUUUCUCGGCAACACAGGAGCUCUGCUGUUAAAUCAGCUUGUUUUCCGAUUGCUGGCAGUGAAGGUAAUAUUCACCAGGCAGUAUUGGGUGAGGAGUUCUUUAGUACUUUGGUUAAACUUCAUGAAGCCCAAAAGGAUGGUAACAAAAAUAGAUUGACAAUCAAUUCAUUGUCAUCACAGAGCUCAGAAAUUAAUUUGACUCCUUCUCCGACGCAUGAUCCACUCAUGCAAAGAUCAUCACCUUUCAGUGAUGAUUCUGCUUCUGAAGUACAUAGUUUAUUAUCCUCAGACCAUGCGCAUAAAAAAAAUUUUUUAGCCAUUAAUGCCUCGGAAAGAAAAUCUGAACUGACAGAUAAUUCAAACAGUGAUAAGCCAAUUAAAAAAGAAGUUUUAAUUGAUUCACAGUUGACAGAAAGGAUAGUCCUACCUGAUGCGAACUAUCAACCAAAUAAAAAUUACUGUGAGAUAUCCACAAUAGAAAAUGCUUUGAUUUCUUGCAGUAAGCAAGAGCCUACUGAACUGAAAAGUUUAAUAAAUAGUUUUUUAGAAACAGAAAGACAAACCAGCUGUUGUCCAACCAUGGGUUCAACUUGCUCGAGGCCCUCAUUUAAUAAUACUUCUGAAUUUGAAAGGUUGUCUUGUUUAGAUCAUAGUGUAGGGCUUAAGGAUAAUAGUAGUGCGAGAGAAGAUAAUUUAAUAAUAGAUGAUGCAAAUAAUGACUCUGUUCCUUCUUUGUUACAUAAUAAGAUUUCAAAUGUGGAUAGCAGUAAAACAAACACUUCUUUUCAAUAUCCUAUCAGCGAAAAUGAAAAUAUUGAUAUUAAAAAAAAUAAAGAAAUUUCUGUCAGUGAUACUGGUUCUGCUAUGCUGCUGGUAGACAGUAACACUUCCACUCUAGCACCUGAUAGUGGUUUAAAGGGUUUGUCACCUGAGUUUUUUGCUGAUGAAGGUUUUGUCAAGAAAGUGCAAGAUGUGUUAAGUACAGCUGAUGAUGAGUCAGUGGAAUCAAUUGAUGCAGUAUGUGACCAACCAUAUGCUGAAAAGAAAGGAAGCAAUUCUAUAGAUGAACUGAAAUUGUGCCCAGAUGAAACAAGUGAACAAAAUGUUGCUGUUUUAAUUAGCGAUAAUUUUGAUAGUGACAAUGAGAUCCAAGUCAGUGGCCAUUCAUUACCAACACAAAGUCUAGACGAAAGAGAAAAGAAUAUACUAAUAAGUAAUAAUUUAAGUAUACCAUACAUAACAAGUUCAGAUGAAGAUUAUAGUGGUUCAGUUAUAUUAGGAGCAUCUGAGGAAUUUACUAUGGAUUACUUUAAGGGUCUUAAUACAGCCUUUAAGGAUGGCAGUACAUAUGGCAGUGACAGUUAUGUAUAUUCUGAGGGAGGUGAUGACAGUAAAUUAGAUUUAGGUAUGAAUGUUCCCUUUAUUGUAAAAAAACCUAAUGAAAUUGCAAAAAUGGGUAAUGAUGACUCCUUGGCACACAUUCAAUUAACGCUGGAACAGAAUGAGACAUCACAACCAUUAGAAUUAAAUGGUGAACAUGUCUUAACUCAUUUUGUGUCAUCAGAAAGGACAUUAUCUUCAACUACUGAAAAUAUAUCUCCAUUUCCAUUGGAGUACAAAGAAAAUAAUAAUGGAGGUUGUAUUUCAUUAUCACCAGAUGAGAGUAAUAUUAGCAUAUCAUCAGAAGCUGUUACAGAGGUAGUUAAAAAACAUGAACAGUUUCCAAAAAAAAGUAAUUCAGAAAAUGAGAAUGAUACCAAAAUUGAAGGAGAAAUAGAUUCCAUGUGUAAUAGCUGUAACAAAGCAGAUCCAGGGUUCAGCGGGAGUCUGGAACAAACAAAUUGUGGUCAAGAAUCAAACGUUAAUGCAGAUGCAUCUGCUCUCGAUUCAGAUGUUCUUUCAGAGAGAUAUACACAAGACACAGUAGGACAAUUAACGGAAAACUUCAUGCAGAUGCCACAAAGUGAUAAACAUCUAGAGGAAACCCCAGGGGAGUUUUUAGAGCUGGCUGUAACUGACAGCUGUGGUCCAGUUCACUUUACUGUUGAUAAUGACACCGAAACUAUCUGUACUAAAGCGCAAACUGGAGUUUCUGAAGAAGCACUUUAUUCUUUGAGCAAUGUUCACCUCAAUAUUCCUAAUCCCAUGCAAGAGCUCAAUUAUCGUCUGUCAUCUGAGAGUACAAUUACAGAGUCUUCAACCCAUAAUACAAGCAACAUUUGCCAGUAUGAAACUGUGAUUGAGAAGGUGCCCUUUGCUGGGCACAAUGAUGGCAGUCACUUGGUCGGAAAUGAGACAGAAUGUGCUGCUGCAGGCUUGCCCCAUGGAGAUCAAAGCAAAUCACCAAAUGUAAAUAUUGGAACACUGGCACCAAAGGUAGAUGCUACAAAAGCGGAAACAGAAAGGGUAAUUCCCCCAUUGGUUAAUCUGAAACAAGAAGUAAACAGUUCUGCACCACAUAGUGUAGAAGCCCAAGUUGGUGUUAGCCUGCCUGAUAACAUCAGAAUUUGUACUACAACUUUAGAAAAAAAUGUUUCAAAAGGUGUUUAUACUGAGCCACCAUUACUUCCAGAAAGUGAAGUUACAGAGAACAUUAAUGCAUUGUCUAGUGAUUGUUCUUCAAAUUCUCUCCAUGGAAAAGCAGAAUUUUUAAACAUUGAUGCAGCAGGAAAUGACUCUAGCAUUAAUGAGUGCAAGAAAGAAAUAGAAGAGAGUAUGGAUGAUAAAAUAUGGACAGGCCCUUACCUAGCAUCAGGGUACGAAAUUCAUACGAAGGAACAAAGUAUGAUUAGCUGCACUUCAGAGAAAGGAAAGAUGGGAUUAGAAGAUACAAAAUCUGAAUUACAAAUUCCAAGCUUAAAUCUCAUUUCUGCCACACCCGUAGAUUCAGAACAAACCAGUCCAGAUACAUCUAUUGUGGCUAACAUAUUUGAUGUAGAACUUGUUAGCACAACAAAGCCUGUGGAGGAGCAGAAGACAGGUGAAGAUGUAGCUUAUGAAAGAGAGAUUGUUGAUGAGCAGAUAGAUAACAUAGAUAACACACCCCAGAAAUGUACAUCAUUAAAUGAGGAAGAUAAUUUAAGAGUGGUAGAUCCUGAAAAACCAUCAGCAUUCAGUGACCCUAACUGUGAUCUCAAAACCACAUUAUCAGAUUUUAUUCUCAAGGAAGUCAUCCAUAGUUCUCUAGAAAAAUCAUGUUUACUUGCAGCAAAGCAGGCAAUACUGCCUUUGGUGGAAUUAAGUAAAACAGAGAGUGAUAAGGAAACUAUUUCUGACAGUGGUAUCAGAUUACACCCAGAAGAAAAAUCAUUUCACAUUCCUGCUGGCAACAUAAAUAAUACAAUCACAAGACAGCUUCACAUUGAUACUAAGAAAGAAGAUCUAGAAAUUAACAAUUUAGAAUCUUUCUUAUCGAAAAAUGCAGUACAAACGGAUCAUGCUGCUCUUGAUUUUCUUAGAGGAGGUGUUGAUGAAAAGAUUGAAAUGUGUUUGACAUCCAAACAGCUAUCAUUUCUUGAUUCUGGAGAAGAUUCAUUAUCUGAGGCAUCACCAAAUAAAGUAGAGAAGUGGAACCAUCAGCAUAAAGCACAUAUCUCUGGUGACGAAAUGCUCCAUGUGACCUUUGAUGAGAAAAACUAUGAACAUAGUCGAAAGCUACAUGACUAUCAGGUACGAUUUAACCAAGAUGUCAUUGUUGAGCUAGAUGAUGAAUUGGGCCUUGAUGUUGUGAAACAUUCUACACCAGAUGACGAACGAAGUAGUGACUCAGGAUUUCGUGACAAAGGUAGCCUUAGUGAAAGCUGUGAAGAUGCAUGUGAUGAAAAAUACAAUUUAGAAGAUAUUGAAGCUGAACUAGAAGAGACUUUUAAUAAAGGUGGAUUUAACUAUUCUGCUAAAGGGGAAGAAUGUGAUGAAGAUGCAGAACACAGAAGUACUGCUCUUGAUUUUCCUGAUGACUCUUUCUCAAUUCAAGGAAACAGGGAUGAAAUAGCUAAUAUUGAUAUUAUGAACCAUAAGAAAUGUGAUUCUGAUAAGAUUUUGGAAAGCAAUAUAAAUGACCCAGAUAAAAUGGAAAAAUGUGUUGUGCCAACUAAUUAUGUAACUUCUCUUGAGCAGUUAAAUACAGAAUUUUCGCCCCUUAACCUGAAUUUGAACAUAAAUGCCUGGAAAGGUGAAAAUGAAAGCUACCAGUUUUCUGAUAAUUUUCUUGAACUUAAUGUACCUGUGUUGUCAGAAGAAUGUGUGACAAAGGAUCAGUUAAAUACUUAUGUUCUUAACAACAAAGACAACUGUGGGAAAGAGGAAUGUAAUGAGAGAUGUAUUUGCUCAGAUAAUGUACAUGUUCUAGCUGCUGUGAGAGGUGUUACUUCAGAAACACCAUUGAAAGUUUGUGCAAACUCUGUAAAAAAAGAAGAUAUAUUUUUAGAAAAUGACCAUUUCCCUGUGACUGAUCAUUCUGGGUGGUUCUUGCAUGAGCCAAAUGAUAAAAGAUUUAAAAAUUCUGAUGAAGAUGAAUGCAGCUGCAACUAUGAUUCGAACAUUCCAGAAGAAAAUCUAAGCCCUGGAAGUUCAAGUUCAGAUAGUUUUAAAAAUGAUGAUAGCAGUGGCAGUGAUAAAUAUGUUCCACUUAGUUUAGAUGAAGAGUUUGUGGCUGCAAUUAGAAAUGAACUUCGUGAUAAACUACCAUGUGCACAGCAGCAAACUCAUCCUGAUGAAAUAGAUGAUGUUGAUGAUGAUUUACAAAGAGAAGAAGAACGCACUGAUAUUACUAUUCUUUACAAUGUUUACACUGCUCCGCUCUCACCAAUUCUUGAAGAAAGAGAAAGUGUCAGUUCACUUACAGCCACCAUAAGUGAAAACUAUCCCAUUCCAUCAUCUAUCAUGAAAGGAAAACAAAAAGAUGAAUUUGAUUCAGAGCCAGUUAGCCCUGUGUUUUUGAAUGAUAUAUUUGGAGAAUCAUCUGAUUACUGUGAAGAACAGGAGAAGAGAAGAUUUGAAGAAGAAAUUCGACAAGCACUGGCAAAUUGCAGUGUGAGUAGUGUUGACACAGACAGUGACCAGCACAAAAACAGUGUCAUUUCUGAAGACUUGGAGGAGGAUUUCCAGCAACCUAAUGAUGUUGCAAGCAAUGAUAAAAAUGAAAAGACAGUAAAGGAUGCAGUAAAUCAACAUGAUGACUAUGAUGAUGACUUUUUAGUUGUAAAUACUGAGACUAAUGAAGUUACUUUAUUAGAAAGCCCAAAACCAAAAUCUUAUGUUGCAUUUGUAAAAGAAUUUGAAGAUACGAGUGAAAAACCUGCCAGUCAGUUAGCAGACAGUAAUUCCAUUACAAGAAGUGGUAUUAAUUUCAGCAGAGAUACAGCAUCAGAUGAUGAAGUAUUCACACCAGAUAGCAUAUCUCCUGGAGGAAAUGAAAGAAGUUCCCCGGUAAAUGAAAUGUUGGAUAUAACAGGUAGUUUUACCCAAGAUGAAUCUCAUGAUUGUGACAGUCACAGUAAAACAUGCUGUGAUAUGAGUGAAAAUAACUCCACAGAUCAUAUGAAUAAUGAACCUGCAAAAAUUUUGUUAGAACCAAUGAGUAGUAGUAAAGAGAAAGCCUAUGUAACUGAAGACCAAGAUUAUGAUGAAUUUAUUCAGAGACAUCGUAAGGAGCAAGUGAAAAGAAGUGAGGAAAUGGAUGCUGUAUCUGUUGAUGAAAGCAUAGAAGAUAAGUCUGAAAGCUUAUCUGAAGCAGAAAACAAGACACCAGAAGAUAAUUCAAAAUCUGAGUCAUUUAGUGAAGCAUUAUCAGAACCAAUUUCAUUAGGAACACAUCAAACUGGAGUGGAGAAUACACUGAAAAGGCAUCAGUGCUAUGAUGAUCUAAGUACAGGUUUUACACAGGAUGGAGAUUUAACAACACAAGCAGAAGAAACUAAUUCAGGAGACCAACUUGAUGUGUCCGGUUUUUGUGAAAGAGGCCCCGAAUCAUAUUUGUGUACAUCACUUGAUAAAUCAGCAGACACAGAUUCACAUAAAAAGUGUGAUGUGAAAGAGUUUACAGAACACAGUGAACUUAUUAAUUCACUUAAAAUGUUAAUGAAUCAAAAUAGGGCUGAUAAUUAUUCAGAGAAUAUAGCAGAUAGUGAUAAAAAUGAAGGAACCAAGCAAGAAGAAAGUGAAACACAACUCAUUGAUCAAAUGAGUGAAAGAGGACCUGUUCUAAAUGACACCCUGAAGCUUUAUCGGAAAAGAAAAGAGGCCGAAGCUGCAAUCAGUGAUGAACGUGACUGGCUUAGUGCAGGCCGAGAAGCCAGUGCCCUUUCAACCAAGGCACCCAUGCCUUCACCGGAAGAGGAAUCAUGGAAACAGUUACCAUCAAUGUUAGCAUUUUCAGCUGAUUUGAACAGUGCUGAAGAGAAAGAUACAGGUUUUUCACCUGUACCAGCAGCAGUUUCUGAUGAUCUCAUGUCAACAUCUUUCAGUUUAAAAGAGGAAGACUUUGGUGAUUGUUACACUCCAGAUUGGGAAAGUGGUUCAGAGGACACAAAUGAAGAAGACAACUCCAGUUCAAGUGGGGAAUUCAUAUGGAAGGAGGGUGACAAAGAAGCACCGGUGAAGGCUCUCAGUGUGACACCUGCCAGCAAUCCGUUGAAGGCCUAUGAAGGACUCUCAGAUUUUCCCAUGGAGGUUAUAGAAGAGGAAGAAGAGGAUGAUGACGAUAAUGAUGAUGACGAUGAUGACAGUUCAAGUUCAGGCAGCGGUGCAGAAUUUGUACCUUCUGCAUGGAACAGCGAGGCAACACCAAAUCGUUCUGCACUUCGGAGCCCUGAUAAGAGAUCUGAAGAUGAUGAAUUAUCUGAGCAGAAGAAAAAUGUAUCAUUUAAAAAGCAAAAAUAUCAUUGUGUUUAUGAAUAUCCUCGGGAAGUAAGUGACUCAGAUAGUGAGGGAAUAGAGUCACCAAGUCGCAAGCGAUGGGACAUGUACCAGCCUCCCAGUGUGGACUACGCUAGCUAUGCAGAUUGGGACCUAGUGUUGGAAGGUGAUGUGCCAGAGCAGUUAAGCCAAGAUACUGAUGCAGAACCUGACGUCAAGAAGGCAUCAUCUAUUGAGCAGUUUGACUUUUAUAAGCUGAGCAGCGUGGAUUACGACUUUGCCUCUGGUGCUGUUCCUGAAGACAGAGAAUUUUUUAUCAGUAGUACAGCACGUCCAUUCCAGUUCAAUCCAUCAAGUACAGACUCACUUGUUGGAAGCAAUGUUAGUCAGUUCUUCCCUGGUAAAGAGUCCAUCUUAAGCAGUGUAAAAAGUUCGGAUUGUACAAAUUUGGAGAUACUGCCAGUUCCAAGUGUUUGUGAUAGUGAGGCUGACCACACAGAUACAGUGAAUAAUGGUACCUGUGUGACAGAGACUAGUCCCCAAAAGAUUCAGACACAAGGUGUUACAGGUAGCCCAACAAAGUUGGAAUUCAAGGACAAGAAAUUUCCAUGGAAUUCAUCAAAAAUUGAGUCGAAAGAUAGACUGGCUACCGACUCUCCUACAUUAAGGCCCAAACAGGGGAUGCCUUUGACAGUUGAUAGGGUAGCAAGGCCUGAUGAUAGGGACUCUCCCCCUGAACUGCUAUCGCCGUCAUCUCCUUUAUCCCCUUCAGGCCUUGGUGAACUGAGACAUACUCGUGAUCGCCUGAAGCUUGACUUGCCGCCUAGUGGAUCUCCCUUCCUCCUUGACCCUCCAAGUGGUGCUAAACGCAGAUCUCUGGUGGAAGCUGUUAAAGGAGAAGCGUCGCUGCUUGACAGUGGAGAAGAGACUGAAGACAGUGGGAUUGAGUCCAGCAAUGGCCAUCGCAGUGGAGAUGUGAUUGAGGGAUCUGGUCACAUAUAAACUGUUGUGACACUUCCUGAGAACAUUGAGUGGAAGAAAAUUUUAUAUCAGUUGCUGGGAAGCUGGCAUUCCCAAGGAGAUAUAAAUUUUUGAAGGCUGUGACCAUUGUUAGUUAACAACAGAGCACCUUACAAGAAAAGGUGCAGUCAUGAGACUGUAGUUUGUUAACAGAAUUUUCAUAUUAAAAUUUAAUCAGGUUGAAGGUGAUUGGUUUGACAAGAGAGACCAGUGCACUGGGGCAUGCAGGGCUUACAAAGGCUCUGUUCUCAUUGGGGUGUUCCUUCCCCAGGGGUGCUUUUUCAGCACGAGUUUAAUAAAUGUUAUAUAUGUUUUGGCUCAGGGGUUAAUUUUUGUUUAACCCAUGUGUAGGGUCAUAUAAACAGUCUCUGUACACUGUGUGUGCAUGUUCGUUACUUUAGAUGAAAGAUUGUGCAGUAAAGGUGAAGCUGAAUUCAAGUGACUCUCCCUUCUAGUUAGGCAUGACAACAAUUUUCUCUACCACUGAUUCAGUCUUCAUUGGACUGAGUAUUUGUUCUGUUAAAGAAUUUAAAUUAGAAAUGGUAUUGUAAAGUAGUGCAUCAAAAAAAUAAAAGAACUUAUUGAUUAGUUUACUGAAGUUUGCUAACAGAGAAGUUGUGUUAGCAACUUGUUUACCUCUAGAAAGGACAAUUCUUACGCAGUGUCUUAGUUAAUUUUGUAACUAUCAUUUCUGAAAAAGCACAGUGAACCUAUCUUUAAACAUAUUCGUGGAAUUACAAAGCUGUACCAGCUCUCUAUCAGGACAUCCUGUAAAUUUCAAAAUAUAAAAAUGACAGCUAAACAGUUUGUGAUUAUGUGACUCUGACUGUAUCUGUGUAUUCUACACAGUUACAUCAGACAGUAGUGAAUAUGAUGUAAAUGUUCAGUCUGUUUGUGUUUACCAAGAAUUUAUGAUUUAUAGAACACAGUGCUGUUUUACUGAAGAAAUGUUACACUGAAGGCAAAAAGUAACUUUUGUUAUCUAGAUAUUUUUGGUAAAUUAAAUGGUGUUCCUAAACAAAGUAGUUUUAUAAGAUAUACAGUUCACUUGUUAGAGAAUAAAUCUUUUUUAUUUAUAA